AUGAGGACUGAGUUGGAGCUGGCUCUGGAGCUGGGUCCUGAGCAUGGGAAGGCUCUACGGGCUCUUCUGUUUUUUAACCAAAGUGAUCGUGACUUGAUUUUGCAACUUCCGUUGAGUGUUUUGGGUGGUUUGGACUGUAAGGUUUGGGGUGCUUCUAAAAAUGGGCAAUUUUCGGUUAAGAGCGCAUACUAUAUUGCGGAAUCACUUCUUUGCAAAGAAGUUUCCUUUCCUUUAGAGGAAGAGUGUAGCUUUGAUGCUAAUCGAGGUUCAAUGUGGAAACAAGUAGGGCGGCUCCAUUCACAUAGGAAGAUUCAACUGUUCUUAUGGCAGUCUCUUUAUGAUCGAGUCCCUGUUAAUGAACUUCUUUGGCAUAGGCAGGUGGUGGACAAUCCGUUAUGUCAUAUUUGUGAGUCCAAUGUUGAAUCUGUGCACCAUCUUCUUUGUUCUGCUUCUACUGCCUCGGAUGAGUGCAUGGGUUUGGCUAUUUUUAUCUGCAUAUGGAAAUGCCACAAUGAUUUAGUUUUUAAGAAAAAACGGUGGGAUCCUUACGAAGCUAGUUUACUGGCCUUUCAUGCUUUCCAGGAAUUUCAGGAACAUGCUCGUCUUUCCCGUCGGAUGUUCAAAUCGCCUUUGUCGAUUUCUUCUCCGACUGUUGUGCUUUGGUCAAGGCUGGAUUUCCAAGGCUUUAACCUUAAUUGUGAUGCUUGGUUCUGUCUUUCUCGUCACGUGUGUGGUGGAGGAAUGAUUCUUCGUGACCACGACGUUUGUCCUAUUAAGGUAGCCUCCAUUUUCCUUGGACAUGUGAACAAACCUUCCAUGGAGAGGGGUUGGUUCUUCGAGAGGCUCUUGUUCAGCUUUGGUGGUGGGUUUAUCACAAGGUCAUUGUUGAAGGACUGUAAAGGUUUGUCUUUAGCUUGGACUCCUCGUGGAGGUAAUAUGGUUGCUCACUUGUUGAGCAAACAUGCUUUUAAAGCCGCAUGUGGCGAUUUAGAGUGGCGCAUAUGGCCUUCAUGGUUGUUAAAUGCUCUUCUUUCCGAUUAUGUAAUUAUUCUCUUUGAUAUCUAG